GCGGCGGGGGCUGAGCCGGCGGCUGGACCGCGGCCCCUCCGGUACCGGCUCCGCGCCCCGCCCGGCCCCGCCGAGCCGCCACCUGCCCGCGCCGCACGACAGGGGCAGCCAUGGGCAAGCACAGCAGCAAGCUGGCCCCGGAGAUGCUGGAUGACCUGGUGAGGAGCACGGAGUUCAGCGAGCAGGAGCUGAAGCAGUGGUACAAGGGCUUCCUCAAGGACUGUCCCACCGGCAUCCUCAACCUGGAGGAGUUCCAGCAGCUCUACAUCAAGUUUUUCCCCUACGGAGACGCCUCCAAGUUUGCCCAGCACGCUUUCCGCACCUUCGACAAGAACGGGGACGGGACCAUCGACUUCAGGGAGUUCAUCUGUGCCCUGUCUGUCACCUCCAGGGGCACCUUUGAGCAGAAGCUCAACUGGGCCUUUGAGAUGUAUGACCUGGAUGGGGACGGGAAGAUCACACGCUUAGAGAUGCUGGAGAUCAUUGAGGCCAUUUACAGGAUGGUGGGGACUGUGAUCAUGAUGAGGAUGAACCAAGAUGGGCUGACACCCCAGCAGCGUGUGGACAAGAUCUUCACAAAGAUGGACAAGGACAAGGACGACCAGAUCUCCCUGGAGGAGUUCAAGGAGGCUGCAAAGAGUGACCCCUCCAUCGUCCUCCUCCUGCAGUGUGACAUGCAGAAAUAGAGCCCUGGGGCUCAGUACUGGACUGGCUGCAGCCAACCUCUGCUCCCUGUGGUGGUUUCAAUGCCCAUUUUUUGCUGAGCCCCUCUGUGCCCGCUUGGUCCCAGGUAUCAGCCACGCUCCACCCCUCCUGCUGCCCAUCCACCUCUGCUCCAGCUGUAUCCUGGACAGCUCACAUUCCAUACCCUCAAAGGGUAGAGCCUGCUCUGGGUAUUGUCAGCUUGAGGUUACCCCAAAUCCAUUUUAUCCCAUCCUGGAGCUGGAUUCCCUGCAGCUAGUGACAAGUUUCCUGGCUCCCCAGGGCUAACUGUUCCCACAUCCCUGCUGCUUUAGAAUCACAUCCAAUCUAAACCUGGUUGUAGCCAGGUGGGUGUUGGUCUCUUCUCCCAGGCAACUAUCAGUAAGACAGGAGGGCAUGGUCUUAAGCUCUGCCAGGGGAGGUUUAGGUUAGAUAUUAAGGAGAAAUUCUUUACAGAGAGGAUAAUCAGGCUGGAAUGGGCUGCCCAGGGAAGUGGUGGACUUUCCGUCCCUGGAGGUUUUUAAGGUGAGACUGGAUGUGGCAUCAGUGCCAUGGGCUGGGAACCAUGGCAGGGUUGGAUUAAGGGUUGGACUUGAUCUCAGAGGUCCUUUCCAACCCAGCUGAUUCUGUGAUUCUGUGAGGUGCUGCUCCUGGUGUGUGGUGCUACUGUAGGGACUGAGGCUGUGCAGAGGUGUGGAUGGGUCCUGCACCUCCUGAGCCUCCUGGCAAAGCUCUGAGGCCACAAGAAACAUGCCUGUCCCCUUCCUCGCCCAUCCCAGCCUGCUGCAUCCAUCCCUCCUGUCCCAGGCCAGGAAUAUUGUCACAGGUUGGUGUUUAGUCUGCACGUUGUGGUGUUGAUGACUGUAGUAUCUCUUAGAAGAUGGUGAAGUUGUUAUCUAUUUUUUUAAUGGAAAAAUAAACUGUCCCCUGUGUA